AAAACAAUAUCAUACCUACAUAGCUAUAGCGACUAAUAAGUAGCAGCCAUUCGUAAUAGAGCUUGUUGUUUCAAGUCCCAUGUAAUUCCUCAUAGCCAUAGCUUGCAAGCUAAGUAGCUGGAAAGUUACUCCCUCCAGUUCCCUAAAACAAGUCGUUUUGGACAUCGACACGGUCUAAAACAAACAACUUUGACCAUUACUUUUUGCUAUAAAAUAUUUAAAAAAUUUAGUCAACUUUUCUUUUAUUAAACUACAUUUUGAGAUGAAUCUACUUACGUCACUUUCACAUUUUCAAACUCAACACAAAAUAAUAUAUUUGUAGUCAAAGUUUAAAAUGUUUGACUUAGGACAAUCUCAAAACCACUUGUUUUAGGGAACCAGAGGAAGUAAAUAACAGCAUCCUAAGUCACCUUUCAGCGUGCAGUAAUGUCUUGUGGAAUAACCGUCAUGGGAUUUGGUUGCAACAGCCUGCCAGCGAUUAAAGCAGGCAGUCAAGGAGUAUUUUACCUAGGCAUAUGGGUGAUGAUCUUGUCUGGGGAUUGAUAGAGUAUGUCUUUGUUCAUAUAUAUUUUUUAAGGCUGUCUGCAUCUUAGAUGUGUAUAGGAAAUGAUCUCAAGAUAGUUGUAUCAUCUUUUACUUCAACAAAAGCUUCAUUUAUUAAAAACUUCCUUUGGCUGUAUUUUAAUGUGUAUUAAUAAAUGUAUAAUUUCAUGUAGUAGUUUUAGAAGAUGAAUAAUAGUAUCAUUUCCAUAUAACACAAUUGCUCAGGUAUGAGAACAUAUCUAUGGUCAAACCUGGAAAGUAUGAUGGCACAUAUAUUAGGACUAUGACAAAAAAAAAAGAUGGAGGGAGUUGUUUUAGCUGGGUGCAUACCUAUCUGAGCCGGUCUGUUGUUCUUUCAUGAGUUGGAGAAGUGAUUAGCAAAUUUUUAUUACUUCCCAUGAACUUUCUUAUUCUACUCCAGUUUCUUUACCUUUAGGAUCUCAUGAUGUCAUGUGCGCCACUUUUAACAAAGGAGAAAAGACAGAAACCCUCCACACUGUUUAAUGCUGAGCCAUGACAUUUUUCUCUCACAACAGAAUAUACAUGAUCCAUAUGGAAAAAAUACUCAGGUUCCCUUGCUAGUUAUUUUGAACAUUUAAACUGUAUAGAACAUAAUUUUAAUUAAUUUGACCCAUGUUUUCUGCUGCAAUAUGUCUACAAAACAUAAUGACAUUGCAACAUUAUAAAGCUACUUUGCAUGACAAUUAUAUGAUUCUCAUAUACGCAAUCCAAAUAUUUAACAAAAUAGUAGUGAAAGUUUCGAGGUCUCUAUAUCCUUUUCAAAAUGGCUAGUAUUAAUGAUGCUAUGAAGCAUUUACUUGUUUUACUAAAGGACCAAAGUAUCUUUAGGAAAGAAAUAGCAGGCGAAUGUCUCAUGCUUUUUGGUAUGAAUAAGGAAAAGAAAAGAGCAGGAGACAUGCAAGGAAUCGUGCAUGCUUUACAAGAUGAAAGGGGCGAACUGUGCUCCCCGGGACAAGAAACACGCAAGGAAUUGUGCAUGCUUUACAAAAUGAAAGGGCAACCUGUGGUAGCCUGGUACAUUGGCAAACUUGUCUGCGCACCUCUGUUCUAACUGUAGCAUAUUGGAAGGCCUCAUUAAAAUUUGUCAAAUUCAAGUUCUGCUUCUCCUGCUGCUCUUAUCCGUCAACUUUGUCCAUCCCACAGAAAUGUAGAAUAACUCAAUGACAUUUAUAUAUCGGGUGUGCAUGUAGGUUCUGGCAAGAAAAAUCCUCAACUGAUGGAUUAGAUUAAUGCUUGUGCUGUUGCUGUUCUUGCUUGGUCUUCUACGGUGGAAGUCACCAUGGACAUGGAGGAGAUAUUUGGGUGGGAUAUUGAUGAAGCCAAAGAGCAGAUACUUGAAUUUGUUAAGGGAAGGCCAGAGAAAAAAAUUAUCUAUUUUCAUGGAUGGGAUGGUUUUGGGGCGUCCCCAGUCCUCAAUUCGAUAGCAAAUGAACUUUCAUCACCGAAAAUGGAUGCUCCCCAGGAACUAUGCUUUGACAAAGUAUUGUACAUUGACUGCUCGGAAUAGAAAAGUAGAAGGGAAAUGCAGAGAGCAAUUGCCGAGGAACUGAAACUUGACCGUGGAACAAUGGCUAUGUUUGAUAACCAGGAUGAGGAGGAUGACUUCAAUGGACUGGAUAAAGACUCUAGGGAUGUGAUAGCAAGUAUUGCAACAGAGAUUGAUCGAACAUUGAGGGACUGUAAAUUUAUGAUGAUUUUUCUUAAUGGAAGUCAUAAUGAGGUCGACGUCACUAGAUUUGGCAUUCCACAGAUGACGGAAUUCCGUAACAACAAAAUGAUAUGGACAUUCAAGAGAAGGUUGCUGACGAUUCAUAGCCGCAGUUCUGAGACAGCAGCAAAGUUAAGAUACAGCCACCUUUUCCUCUCUGCUGCACUUGUGCAUGGAGAGUAUCAGAUCAGAGAGCCAGAAUUUUGUGCACUGGUGCAUGGAGAGGCUACUACCAUAGUUGCUCGGCACCAAAUGCUGGAUAUGGACACAACAAUGGUGACAGAAUGUUGCCUCUUUGAGCUAUCCCAACAUUAUAAUUUCCACUGUAUCACUAGAUUGGGUUGGGCUGUUCAUUCUUCUAACUACUGGAUAUGUGCUGGAAUCAUAGAAGGCAAUAAAGAAAUGGAGAUCAGAAAUGCAUUGCAUGGAGAGAUAAGAUGGGAGUGCGAUGCUCCUUUGCUUCAUCGUGUGCUUGAAAAAUUGAAUCCUACCUUUUCAGUAAAGAAGAUUACAAAGCCUCUAGCUGUUUCUACGAGGUGUCUAGUUAAAGAUCGUUGGAUUUGGAUCACCUCCCAGGAACAUGAAGUGGAUGGUAUGCAAGAUAUACCAGUAAGAGCAUCAUCGGUCUUCUUGGCAUUGGAAAGACCAGGUCACCUACAACCAUCUGAAAGAUCAGAUUAUCCACCAGCACUUGAAGGACAAGAUUGCCCAGCCGUAUUGCCAUCUGACAUGUUCAAAUAUUCCAGGAGCCUUGCUGUGCUGGUUCUCUCUUAUUGUGCCUUCAGUUUUGCAUCACCGCCUUUCCUCAUGUGCAAUAGCCUAAGAUUCCUUGGUUUGGACAACUGUAAGCACAAGCCAAGUGAACAAUAUUGUGAUACAGAUGCAGAGUGGACAUUCUUGCUUAGUCUAUGGGUGCUCGAGAUACGCUACACAGAAUGGGACGAGAUCCUAUCCAGAGAGAAGAUGGAUCUCAUGAGUAACCUGAAGGAGUUAAAUAUAGAGGGAGUUAGGAGCUGGCAGUACAUCAAUCAACUAAGGAAAAUACUACCCCACCUUUAUAGGCUAAGGAUUACCAAUCCUAGGAUUUAUCAAGCGGAAACAACAGAUGCAGAUGACUCAUUUAUGGACAAGGGAAAGCUACAAAUACUUGAUCUGUCUGGCAACAGGGAGAUGAAAGUUGUACCAAGUAGACUAUCAAAGGCAAGUAGCCUUCAGGUGCUUCUUCUUGAUGGCUGCCUUGGACUUGAAUGUGUUAUUGCACCUCAUACGCUUCCAUCAUCUCUCAUUUCCUUCAGCCUCGAUGGCUAUGGAGCAGCAUCCCAUUGGACACCAGCUAUUAAUCUACUACCUCCUAAAAAUUUGCGUCCAUCUUCUACAGGUCAGAAGGAUGCCAAGAUCUCCAUGAUAUGCCUAGAGGGCUGUACGAGUUUGGAGAAUUUGUUUCUGCGUGGACUACCUAAUCUUGUGGAGCUGGACCUGUCAGGAACUGGAAUCAAAAUACUUGACUUUACAACUAUGGUGAUGCAAGUCACAUGUCUCAGACGAUUGUUUCUGCUGGGCUGUGAGCGCCUUGUUGCGAUAAGAUGGGAUCAGAAGAGUCGAUACGCUAUACAUCCACAACUAGAGCUCCUAUGCAUUGACACACGAGCUGGGACUGGAUAUUCUCGGCCAUCCAUAAACCAUACCAAAAAGUCCUUCAGGCUGCAGAUACAUGCCAUUCUUUCGGACGCAAGGCUUGCUCGAUCCUUGUGGCCAGCAAUAGACUGCUACAGAGGCAAGGGCAGCCUUGUGGAUGUUUAUUUUAAUAUCCUUGUCACCUAUAUGCCUAUUGUUUAUAGCAGUGGGGAGGAUGCUCAACCUGAAGCUACCCACAGGAUGCUUGCAGAGGCAAAGCAGUAUGAUGAUGUCCAUGCCACGGCUGGUGAUGCUCCAAUGCAGGAUUUCCCACAGGCUCCGAUUACCGAUUUGAAUCGCCAUGUAGGGAUUUCCCAGGGGAGCCGUGGUCUGGAGAGCGAACUGCUUGGAUAUUUCCCUGCGCGUAAUAAUUUGGCUCUUCUGAUGAGAAGGUGUGCUGACUCCCUGCACCUGCAUGACAUUGACAUCUCAACCAGUGCAAACAUGCCCAUGAAUGAAUGGGAUUACCUUAGGCAAUGCCAUGUGGAGAGGUGCCCCAAUUUGGAUACCGUCUUUCGAGGAACAUAUGGCUUCGAGGCUAUGGAGACUAUUUGGGCAUCGGAUCUCCUGAUGGCCCGCUGCAUCUGGAGCAAACGUGGUUCCUAUCACCAUUACAGCUCCUUUGGGGAACUGCAGCAGCUGAACCUGCGUGCCUGCCCCAGACUCCGGUUCGUGCUUCCACUGUGGGCUUCCUCCCUCCCCAGAUUGGAGACACUCCACAUCAUCAACUGCAUGGAUCUGAGGCAUGUAUUCGUGCUGGACGAAGGCCCGCGUAACAUUCCCCAAUCUGACGACCAUCCACCUGCAUAACCUCCCAAUGUUGCGGCAGAUAUGUGAGGCCCAGAUGCUGAUGCUGGCGCCCGCGCUCAUGACCAUCAAGAUCAGGGGAUGCUGGGGCCUACGCCGACUACCAUCCAUGGAAGGGCGUGGCAUACACAUGGAGAAGCCGACGGUAGAGAUCGAGAAGGAUGUCUGGGAU